AUGCGCACCUCCCUCCGUAUCCUCCAACGCGCAUCUGCCGCCUCCGUCACCACGACUCGCAGCUUCUCUACGUCUCGAUUCCACCUCGCCGCCAACAACAAGAAGGCGCAGCCGGCGAGCGCUGUCGUGCUCACCGCCGUAGGGAUAGCAGCCGUGAGCGGCUUUGCCUUUACGGACUUGGUCAACGCUCAUGAGAAGACUGUGGACAUUGAGGCUGUGAAGAAGGAGAUCAUUGACAUCUUUGACGACAACAAUGCCCUGGGCCCGACCUUUGUGCGUCUCGCUUGGCACUCGAGCGGCACGUUCGACAAGCGCGAUAACUCUGGGGGGUCCACAGGCGGAACCAUUCGGUUCGAUCCCGAGAUUAACCACGAGGCUAACGCUGGUCUCGACGUGGCUGUGAAGGCACUUGAGAAGGUCAAGAUGAACCACCCCGAGAUUACGUAUGCCGACCUGUUCGUGCUGGCAGGAGUCACGAUGAUUGAAGAGAUGGGUGGCCCCUCUACCCCUUUCCGUCUCGGUCGUCCUGAUGCUGUGAGUGGAAACGAACCGACGCAGACACCUAAUGAUCGUCUGCCAGGUGCAGACAAGGGAAGCAAGGAGAAGACCACGCAGCACUUGCGAGACGUGUUCUAUCGCAUGGGCUUUAACGACCGCGAUAUUGUCGCGCUCGCUGGCGCCCACGCGAUCGGUCGCUGCUAUCCCACACGUAGUGGCUACAGCGGUCCAUGGACGAACUCGGAGUGGACGUUUUCGAACGGAUACUUUCGUGAGUUGAUGGAGAACAAGUGGACGGUCAAGAAGUGGAAGGGCCCCAUGCAGUACGAGGACCCCACGGGCGAACUCAUGAUGCUGCCGUCUGAUUUGGCGCUGGUUCAAGAUCCGGAGUUUAAAAAGUACGUCGAGAUCUACGCCAAGGACGAGGACUUGUGGUUCCGCGACUUUUCAAAGGCGUUCGUGAAACUCACGGAAAACGGCGUCAACUUCCCCGAGACUUCGGGUUGGCAAAAGGUUGUUGCAGCGUGUAAGGGGUGGUUUGGACCAGUUUCGAAUUAG